AUGACUUCAGACACGCAGGCCUCGAACAAACCGGAUGACACCAAACCCAAAGCCGACAAGAAUGAUGUUUGGGUUGAGAAUUCUCAAGAAGAAAAUGCCAACGAUGUCAUGAGCAUAUAUCUCUCCUAUGAUGCCGAAUACCGUCAGCAGGUUGAACUCCAACUGCGCCGAAAGGUUGAUACUCGGAUCCUUCCCCUGGUCGUUCUGAUCUAUCUCUUGAACUAUUUGGAUCGCAAUUCCAUCACCCAAGCCCGUCUAUAUGGCCUGCAAGAAGAUACAGGCGUGAAGGGAGCUCACUAUCAAACUGCCAUCUCGAUUUUCUCGGCCGGUUACAUUCUUAUGCAACUACCAUCAACGGUGUUGAUGACCAAGUUUCGGCCUUCUAUCUUUUUGCCCAGUUGCAUUGUUAUAUGGGCUAUUGUGAGUGGCUGCACUUCUGCGGUUAACAACACAGCUGGUUUGUUGAUCUUGAGAUUUUGUCUCGGUUUUGUCGAAGCACCUUUCUUCCCCGGAGCUAUCUAUUACUUGAGUUGUUGGUACACGAAGCGCGAAAUUGGUGUUCGAAUGGCCCUUCUCAUCUGCGGAAUCCUACUUUCCAAUGCAUUUGCUGGCUUGAUUUCCGCUGGGAUUUUGUCCGGUAUGGGUGGGGUGGGCCACCUUGCUGCCUGGCGCUGGCUCUUCAUCUUGGAGGGUCUGGCAACCGUGGUGGUAGGUUGCGUCGCCUUUUUCGUCCUUCCAGACUUUCCUGGUACAACCAAAUGGCUCACCGAGGCCGAGAAAGUUGUUGGCCAGGGUCGUCUUGCCGUCGACGCUGGAAGCAAUACGCUUCUUGAUGCGGAGAAGGUACCCAUUACCCGUGGCUUGAUUUGGGCCGCUAAAGAUAUCCGAACAUGGCUCUUCGCUUGCUUGCAAAUGUGCACUACUGCAUCAAUCUCCUACUCUCACUUUUUCCCCACAUUGAUCAAGGAGCUCGGCUUCAAAAACAAUACUACCGUAUUGCUCUUGACAUCGCCUCCCUACAUUGUCGCUUUCUUCUGGGCCAUGAGCUGGGCAUUCUUGGCGGACAGAAAACAGAUCCGCUCCGUUCCUGCCGGCAUCUCGCAAUGCUUGGCUAUAGUCGGUACAAUUCUUUUGAUCGCCAUAACGAACUCUCUAUGGGCUCGCUACGCUUUGACGAUUCUCGUGUGCUGUGGGACCUUUGGUGUUUAUUCGACUACAUAUGCGUGGUUAUCUUCCACGAUCACACAGCCACCUAUCAAGCGAGCAGUGGCAAUCGGACUAGCCAACAGCUGUGCCAACAUUGCUUCGCUUUUCGCAAACUACUUCUGGCUAGACCAAUACGAGCCUAUGUACAGACAGUCUUGGGGUUGUCUCUUGGGAUUUCAAGCUCUGGGACUUACCUGUAUCCUGACUUUGCGCUUCCUGCUGAACAGAGCCAACCGAAAAUUGGAAGCUCUCGCUACUGAGGCGGAGACCAAUGACGCUCUUUUCAUGUCUCGAUUGGACGAUGAAUCUAGGAGUGCAGUUCAGAACAACUUCCGAUAUGUGGUUUAG